GCGCGCUCAAUCUCGCCUGCGCCGUCCUUCCGUCCGACGCUCGGCCACUUAGACGCCCACUCCCGAUUCCGCCAGCCUCCCAGACCUCAUGGCGGACCCGCGCGCGGCGCGCGGCGUGUCCACGUCCUCGGAGGAGGACGAGUCGCUCAGUCCGCAGGAUUUCGUGCACCGGCAGAUGGAGAAGAUGCGCAGCCUGGACGAGCGCGAGAACAUGUCGUUCCUGUCGCACCAGAGCCGCAGCAGCAACCACAGCGGCACGAGCGAGCUGUCGGCCAACAUGACGGUCUACGAGAAGCUGCAGGCGCUCGCGCUGGCCGAGAAUAUCAAGUUAGACGGGUCCGGCAACACCGACCGAACCGGUAGCAACGUUAAAGAAGAAGGAGGAGGAGAGGGAGAGGAAGACGAAGAUGACGAUGAAGACGACGACGACGAUACGUACGAAAUAUCGUGGGACGGAGGUCCUCUGGGACUUUUAUUCAAGGCCAACGCCAAUGGGCAGCCGGUUAUCCGACGAGUUAAUAAGAAGGGGGCAGCUACUGGGCUGCAGUACGCACGGGCGGGUGACGUGCUGCUGGCUCUUAACGGGGUCAGUGUGUCUGCUACGCCCUUUAGUGAGGUGAUCGAGAAGCUCAAGAACCCGGAAUUCCCCAUCAAAUUGGACUUCCGGCCGCUAAAACUGAGUGACUUGGCGUCCGAGGCGUCCGCAGCGACUACUAAGUGGGGAUUGCCCAAUUCAGGCUCGGUUCAUAGUAGUGACGCCACGUCGGCCUUCUGUGGCUCUCCGGUGAACUCUACGGCGACUGUGGACAUGAGGAGCAACCGAGGGGCUGCGUGGGGGGAGUCGUCCCCGACCUUCUCGAACCCAGCGCCCGCGGAGGAGCCGACAGAUGUGGAGUACGAUGUCGUGUGGAGUGAAGGACCGCUCGGGUGCGAACUUAAGCAGCGCAAUGGACUCCCGGCGGUCAAGUCCGUGACCGGGACGGGGGUCACCCCCAGUGUGGCUCAGAUUGAGGCGGGGGAUAUACUGGUGAGCAUCAACGGGUUACGCACGGAAGAGAUCGGGUUCAAGAGUACGGUGACGCUCAUGAUGCGCGCGGCCAAGCCGGUGUAUUUGAGGUUCCACAGAGGAGGGGCGAGACAGCCGCCGUCGACUGGCAACAGCUUCAGUGAACUCCCUCCGAGCUACAGAGGAGCGGAUGACGGCGUAGCGCUGGACCCCAGGCAGUACACGAUUAUGUGGCGUGACGGCCCGUUGGGUAUUCAGAUCCGCACGUCCAGCAAGGGCCGCGUGGUUGUGGCGCGACUUACAGGUGCUGGCGCCCCCAAUGUCAACGACACAGUGACGCCCGGCGACAUUUUCGUGCGUAUUGCAGGGGUGGAUGUCGACUCGUUGGGUAUUGCUGGAGCUUUUGAACUAUUAAAGACGGUGCAGAAGCCGGUAGUGCUCGUCUUCCAGCGGCGCGGACGCAGUCCAGGUCACGGCCAUCGCUCUCACUCACGCGACAGACCUGCUGGGCUACCUACACCAGCCCCAGCACCCGUACCGUCGUCUUCUGCAGUGCCGUCGUUCAGGAAAUUGCGCGAGGAGGAAGCGGCGGCCGCUGCUGCAGCAGCAGGACGUCCACCGCUAGGCCGAGUAAGCAGCGGAGGGUACAGUCCAAGAAGCAAAAGCCGCGGAGGAUCUGUGAGGCAGCUUUCAAGUGGCCACUCGCACGAAUUUGAGAACUAUGCAGCAUCAGACGACGGCACCAGCAUGCACAGCUACGACUACCUGGAUUCGCCUCGAUCAAACGCGUCUCAUCCGAAGCAGUUCAACAACUCUCAGAACGAUGACGGCGACAAUGGGUUACCCGGCUACACCGACCUGCCGCCUCCUCCGUUCCCCGGUGGCGUGUCCCCCGCGGCCCCUCCUCCUGCAGGCCUCGGAAUCGAAGACUAUUCAGAGGAAGAUAGUUUUCCGCCUGAGGCUCGGGAUGAGAGCCCGUCUCUCACAGGACUGCCUCCUCCUCCGUCGUAUAUGGACGUAUUCACGGCCUCUGGACGAGCAAAGGACCCGAUCACAGUGGCCCCUGCCUCUGCUCGCAGCAAUCUCCCGGGCAUUCCCGACGAUGAAGACGGCGGUUAUUACGGUGAAGGUGGCGGUCACGUCGAACGCCCGCCUCCGUUCGAAGCCCACAGCGAUGACCCCCUGCCGCCCCCGCCUGUGUAUUCUGACUCCGCGCUGGCCCCUGCUGAAGAAACCCCUAGUCUUCUAGGCCAGCCCAGCCGACUGCAGGAGCUUCGACGCCAGUACAUUGAGUCGGAGCGAGAGCGGAACAUGCUCCAGAACGGCGCUGCCACGAUGGUGAGUACGUACUCGGACAUCGACGACUCGGGGCUCGUGGUGCGUCGUAAACCGCAGCCUUCGUACGGAGACGACGCGUUGGACGUUGGAGCACAAGCGCCUCAGUUGCCUCUACCAGAGCUUUGGGUGCGCUGGAGCGAUGGACCGCUGGGCAUCACGUUCAAGCGCAAGAACGGCCAGAUCGUGGUGUCUCGCCUCACGGGCUCGGGCUAUUCGCCUGGCCUGACGCAGCUUCGUCCGGGUGACUGGCUCGUAUCGUUCAACAACCAGUCGACUCGCAACCUUCGACUUGGAGAGACUAUGGAACUGCUCAAGCGUUCGCCCAAGCCGGUGGACAUGUGCUUUAUCGUGCAGUGA